CAAAGCAUACUAACAGUACAAAAUCUCUCCCUCUCCCUCUCCCUCUCCCUCUCUCUCUCUCGUUCACCUGGGACAAUUCUUCCCAUGUCCAAAAUAAAUUAAUGGACAGCACAACAGAGGAGAGAAAAGGAAUAAAAGCCGGCGGUAAAUUUUCCCGGCCGGGGAAACGCGGAAGCCGGCAGCAGCCAUUUUUUUAUCUAAAUUAAUAAAUUAAAUAAUCAUGCAAUUACUAUAAUGUCCUUUAUUAAAUUGGAUUAAUAUGGGCCAUUGGAUUUUAAUGAGGUGCAAGGGUGGAGAUUGAUUUAGUCAUGUGACUAAGGGACCCCCCUAGUCACCUGAUCUUAGCCCAUCAGAGAGGUAAGUAACAGAAUACAGUUUCUACUUAUAUGUUCUUCUGAUACUAUAUUACUACAAUGUACUAAUUUAGUGUAAAAUGCCAGCGGCCAGCCACAGGUAGGGAUGGCAAUGGGGCGGGUUUGUCUAAACCAUCCCGAUCCCCAUCUUCAAAUACCCAAACUCAUACCCGUCCCAUACCCAUGCGGGGGAAUGUUUUGUAAACCCAUCCCCAUACCCGUGGGUUUCGGGUACCCAUGGGUAAUACCCGUACCCAUACAUCCAACAUUAUUAUACCUAAAAUUUACAAGAAAAUUUUUAAUUAUUACUCUAAACGAACCUAUUAAUCAUGAAGUCAACAAAACACGAUCAUUUUCUUUAUACAGUUCAAAGUAUAUGAUCCUAAAAUAUCCAUUAAUACAUAAUAUAGAGUAUAAUAUUUUUCAAAUUAUUAUCUUCUAACUCUUAUACAUCUACUAAGUAAUAAUUAACUAACAUAAUCUUGUAGACAAGGGGAAUAGUGAAAGAGUGAAAGGAGAAUUGAGGAAAAUGAAUUAGAUUUUGAUUAAAAUGGCCACUCAAUUGCAUUUCUACUAUUUAUUUCCUUGAGUUAUCCUCAUCACCAUUGAUAGAUUACAAUUUAAUCCAAAUAUUUUUUUAUAUGUGAAGAAAUUCUCUUGGUGGGGCGGGUAUGGGUAUGGGAAUGGGGUGGGGGAGGUCAAAACCAUACCCGCCCCAUACCCAUCAAACCUUUUGCGGGUUUUACCCAUACCCGGUCAAAGUGGGGAUUCCCCGCGUUGACUGGGUCGGGGGCGGUCGGAUACCCGCGGCCAUGGGUUUUAUUGCCAUCCCUAGCCACAGGUCUUACAGCAUCCCAAGCUCACUCGAACCAACUUUACAGCAAGGUAAUAAAUAGAGGUGGUUGGGGGGUACUCUAAACUUUUCUUUUCAUUCAAGAAAGAAGUUUCUAUAAACACAAGACUUACUUAUAUCCACUAAAUCCACACGCACACUCUUCAUGCAAAACAGAGGAAGGGAGUUGUGAGAAAUCACAUAGAUAGACAUCCAUUUCCUUUGCCUAAGCCAGAGCCAUGAUGAUCUUUCUCCUCCUUCUCUUCUCCUACAUCACUUUCCACCUCUACAAACUCACAAUCCAGAACAGAGCAAACUCAUGCUGCUACAUGCUGCACUACGAGUGCUACAAGGGCACCGAAGACAGGAAGCUCGACACCGAAACCUGUGCCAAGAUCGUGAUAAGGAACAAGAGCCUUGGGCUGCAAGAAUACAGGUUCCUCCUCCAGACAAUAGUCAGCUCCGGCCUUGGCGAAGAAACUUACGGCCCAAGAAACGUCCUGGAAGGCAGGGAAGCCACUCCACUCCUCGCGGACUCCCUCUCGGAGUUCGAUGACAUCGCCUUCGACACCUUAGACGCCCUCUUCGCCAAGACCGGAAUCUCCCCAGCCGACAUCGACAUCUUGGUGGUCAACGUCGCCCUGUUUUCCCCUGAACCUUCUCUGACCUCCAGGGUUGUCAACAGGUACAAGAUGAGGGAAGACAUCAAGACGUUCAACAUUUCCGGGAUGGGAUGCAGCGCGAGCAUUGUGGCCAUCAAUUUGGUCCGGCAACUGUUCAGGAGUCGCGGCAAGGCCUUGGCCAUUGUGGUGAGUACAGAGUCGAUUGGACCAAACUGGUACUGUGGGAAGGAGAGGUCCAUGAUUCUGACCAACUGCCUGUUUCGGUCCGGUGGGUGUUCGAUGCUGCUGACCAACAAUGGGAGCUUGAAGGGGAAAGCAGUGAUGAAACUGAAACAAUCGGUGAGAACCCAUUUGGGAGCAGAUGAUGAGGCAUACAACUGCUGCAUUCAAAUGGAGGAUAAGCUUGGACAUCAAGGCUUCCUCCUCAAAAAGGGACUGACUAAAGUUGCUGCUGACUAAAGAAGAGGCUUAAGAGAGGUGACAGGAUACUCAUGAUUGGGUUUGGUGCAGGUUUCAUGUGUAACACUUGUGUGUGGGAGGUGAGUAGGGAUUUGGGAGAUGGGAAUGUUUGGGCAGAUUGCAUUGAUUCUUACCCUCUUCCUCCACUCAAUGUCAGCCCUUUCAUGGAGAAGUUUAGCUGGAUUAAUGAUGAGGUUCUCACCCAUGUGGAUCUCACUUCUGCAUUCAACAAGGUUUGAACCAGACUCUUUUUGGUGAAGUGGGUGAGUGAAGUUCAAUGGCUUUUCAUGAUAUCAAGGAAGGAAUUAUGAGUCUGUUUGGUUAAGUGUUUUUAGCAUUGGUGUAUUUCAUUGUCUCAUUGCAGAUCCAAGUUGGUUUUCUUUUCUGGAUAUGUAUGUUUGCGUUAAGGGAACUAAUACUGUAAUGAGAAGGUUUUAAGGGGUAAUAUUGUCUCAAACUGGGUUGUUUCUACCCAAACAGCAGGACCAUUAAGCCUGACGAAGAAGAGAAAACCAUUGGCAAAUUUGGAUUAUGGCCCAUAUCUUAAAGUAGUAGCACAUUAAUCAUUCAUUCAUUUGGAUUGUCUGGGGUAGGAUGGCAAUUUUGGUAUCAUCCGUUUUAUCCAACUUAUUCGACCUGUUUGGGGCGGGUAAUACCCACUUUACAUGUAAUUUUUUUCAAAUUACUUAUAAUUUUACUUUUAUUAACUCAUAUGCUAUAAUAAAGUUGUGAAUACGUAAGAAAAUCAAUUUUUCAAAUCAUUUAAGUAAAUUUAUCAUGUUAUAGUUUUCUCUUCAAUAAAAAAUAAUAUUUAAUAUUUAUCUUUUAAAUUACAUACAUAUAUGAUAUAUCUUUCUCUUCCGAUCCGUGCCCAUAAUAAACUGCCUGAUAUAUUCUCGAUCUGUGCAUCGCUAUUCCUAGUCUUGAUCAGCGAUUUGGGGGUGAUUGCCAAGCGUGCGUUACUCGAUCGGCGAUUUGGUUUCACUCGAUUCGAUGCUCGACUCUUCUGAGAAUUUGAUUUAGGUUGCCUACCUGAUAAGUAUGAGAAUUAACAUCCGUUUGAGAACUACUCGUGGGGAAUAGAAAAUUUGGGGAAGAAUUAAGAACCCUAAUUUCAAAAUUGGGGAAAGGUUGGGGAUUCGGCGUGAUUCGUGCGAAGCAAAUGGAUAAUAAAUGGGUAUUUUUUUAAUUAUGAUGUGUAAAAUUAUAAAUAAUAAAUAAUUUAAAAUAUAUGAUGUGUCAUUAUUUGCUUAUUUGACGCUGAUGUAUCUGUUGAGUUGGCGCCUAGUCAGCAAACUGUCAAAUAAGUUGACGAUGUUAUUAACAUCGUAAAGUUUCUAACGGGAAUGACUAUAUUUGUCCUACAAAAGUUUAAAAGCUGGCUAUAAGUGGUAUUUCGCCAAAUUUGGCUAUUAUUGGCACAAACGUAAAAGUUUUGGCUAUACAAGUAUAUUUUGCCAAAAAACUUUAGUUUUCAACUUUCAACUACAUAAUCAUGAGGCCCCCUUAAUCGUAUAUGUAUUUUGCUAAUUAAUCCAUAUUGUUUACUUCUAAGUUCUACCUAAAAAAUUCACUAGUUUGAACUCAUUUUUUCAUAGGCUCAUAUGUGAUUAACUGUUUCAGGCCUAGGAUAACCCUUGAAAGUUGAAACCCUACAAUUGAAAAAUACUUGAAAAGGUGAACAUUACAUCCCAAAGAAGUGAACUUUGCUAGUUCUCAAUGGUUGUUGACUUAUUUUAUAGUUGGUAGUCACAAAAGGGUUUGAAUCAAGAUAAUAUCAUACAAAGAGAGGCUUUAUAUCAUCAUUCCAAGGGUAGUCAAGCCAAUAGGUCGGGUACAAAGUUUUUUUAUAUUGUAUGAGCCAUAUACCUAGGGUGUCACAUGCAACUAUAAAACAACAAAAAAUCCAUAAGUCACACAUGAAAUUAGUUAAUUUGUUACAUUCUAUUAUUGAUAGACACAUUUGAAUUUAAUUAGAUAUUUAAUUCUAUAGUGUGUUGUAGGGGUGGGCACGUGGGUGGUUAAUCCGCAGAUUAAUAUCGAUCCACCCGCAAAUAACCCGACCGGCACGUAGUGGGUGAUUGAUGUGGGUGGAUUGCAGAUUGAUAAAUCUUUCACCCGCACUUAUGUGGAUGGGUGGUGGGUGGAUUGCGGGUCACCCAUAUGACCCGCAUCCUAUUUUUACAUGAAAAAUGUGGUUUCUUAUAGUAUCGAAUAUUCAUCAUAUUUUCGAACUGUACUACAGUCCGACCAUAUACUUCAAAAGGUGGAGAAUAAAUAGUAAUUUUGACUACUACUAUUGGUCAUUGUGUUGUGCAAUAUCCAUUAGAUAUUGAAUAUUGGUAUGCAAAUUAUUGUUAAUAACCAUUAAAUAUUGGGAUGCAAACUAUAAAUCAUUAAUUGUAUCAAAAUCACAAAUUAUUGAUAUAGUCUUACUAAUUUGCUAUGAACUUAUUAUAAAUGUUAGUCAACUUUCUUAAUGGCUAGAUGGAGAAUUGCUUUCGCGGGUUGACCCGUGACCCAACCGCACUCAUCUGCCACCCACCCUACCCACCCGCUUACUAGCGGGUUGAGUCAAUUUGAGACCAAAACCCACCCGACCCGCCCGUUGCCCACCCUAGUGUGUUGUAUACAUUGUUAUAUAUGUUAUAUAACAUAAAUUUGUUAUAUUCAUUAUAUUUUUGGAUUGAUAUAUCUUAAGAAAUAGUAGAUAGUUAUUAGGGGGAAAAAGUAAGAAUGUAGUGUACAAAAUUUAGUUGCAUGCUAAUAUUACUACCAAAAUUAAGCCCACAAGUGCUAUUGUCUAUGUGCAUUCCGUAGCGGCAAAAAAUAUAAGUCGAAAUCAAGAUGACAUUGAGAAUCAACAUAAGACCUUAACUAACCUAGUUAGAGAUGUAUGUUGCUCUCUCAUGAAAGGAAACACUUUCUCUCUUGGUCGUGGAAAUAACCGAUGGCAUGUUGUUCCUCUAAAGGGUCAACUUGCUCAAAUGACUUCAGAGUUGGGAAUUGUUUUUCGUGGUACUUCUCCAAUAUACGGGCAGUCGGUCUCCUUCUUGUUGAUCUUGGCUAUAAGAACUAUCGGUGGAUUGGUCCAAUUGGACUUGCUAUUCUUACCGUCUUUUAUUUUGUUUUAUGAAUUAACUUGUAUUAUUAAUGUGAGAUAAUUGGAUGGAUCGCUGAUUCUUGUGUAGGAAAGCAACUCAUACUUCUUACUUUAUAUUGACAGCUUACAGAGGAUUUAUACACACAAUAACAUAAGCAGACAAAUACAUUAAUUACAUAAUUUGAUAUUAUCUUGAGAACCAAAUCUUGAGCUUGAUUUUGGUUGAUGCGGGAGUGAUCGGGGGAACAAUGAUCUAUGUGGUCCAUGCACAAAUUAUAUAUGCUAACAAUUAAAACAAAGAGUUUUAUGCAGAAAAUGUGUAUCCAACUCAACAAACCAAAAUAGAAAAAUACACUGAUUAUAAACUGACUCAACACUAUAGUAAAGAAUGAAUGUUGCUUUCUCAACAAUAACUGAUGAAUGAUCCACAAAACCAUUCAAAAUUGUAAAAUGGAGCUAUAGUAAAUGUGGCAAAUACAUGAAAGUUCAUGUACUAGAUUUCAACUGUUAAAUGUACUAAACUUUGUACACUACUUCUUAAGUUGUAUUAAUACAAAAUAUAAUAACUAUAGCAAAUCUAAGUUAUACCAAAUAUAUAACAUUCUAUAGAUUGUCAUAUACAACAAAUGCAUAUAACCAUAUACAUAUGUUUUUUUAUGGAUAUAAUCAUAUACAUAUGUUAUAUAACAAUGUUUGUUCUAUUCUAUGGUGCACCAAUUUUUUUAAGUACAUUGCAUGCACCCAUAUAUUCCUCUUAAUAUUAACCAUUGAGGAGAUCUAAUGACUAUAAUUGUUCAAUAAACGAUUAAUAAAUAGUAGAAAAGAUGCUUGAUAUUUAUUAAAAACUAAAAAAUUCUGGUAAUUGCAAUCCAGCCCCUUCACUUCAGCCCGUCGACGGCCACCAAUUACAGUUGUGGGGCAGAUAAUUCGAAUUGAUUCAUUUUAAAUGAUUCAUUUUUUAAAACAAGAUAAUUGGCCAAUUAGUUUCGUUUUACAAUAGAUCCAUCCAAACGAAUAAUGAAAAACCGAAUUUGUAUCAUAACAUUAAAUAUAAAAAUUCAGUUAGAAUUGUAAUUUUUUUUUAUAAACAAUAACAAGUAUAGUAGCUUAGCUCUAUAGUUAAAAUACUAAUUUAUGUUUAUGAAUUUAGCACCAUCAUUAUCCCAUGGAAUCUUGACUUGUACCAUCUCAUCCCACUUGUUAUUCUCUCUAUUAUAUUACGUAAAUGAACUGCUAAGCCAACAACGAGAAGACAAACAGUGGGAAAAUGUCGUUUUAUGAACACUAUAGAGAUAUUUGAUUUAUCAUUUAUUAAGAUAUUCGUCCUCAUCGUAUCAAUGACUAAUCUCUCAUUUCAGUGGAUCAAACAAAACGAUAUAUAAUUG